AUGAGACGCGACAUGCUCGAAGGACACGACAGCUCUUAUAUUGGAGAUCUCAUACGCCCGGCCUACGCAGCCUGCAGUAUGGAAGGAGGGACCGGAAGCGACAGGAGACGUAAAGACAUCAUGAGAAAUCACCUGAGAAACCCCGGUCUAUUUGGUAUUUACCUAAGCCGUGCCAAGGCGGACUAUAGCGAGGUUGUUUCUGAGCAGCUGCGCUUUCUCCGACAAAAGAUUCUUGAACAAGUAAAUGAUAUAAAAAGAGACUCGCAGACUGUCGUUGCACCGGAUGAUGAGGCUGCUGAAGCAGAUCGAGCCCCCGAAGUGGCUAGGGGGCUCAAUUCGAGACUUCCCGUUGCAUCGAACGUCCUAGUAAACGCACAAACGAUAUGA